AUGGCGAUUACCUGGCCUGACUGGCAUUCAUCAAGCCUCGCCGGAGUGGUUUUGCUUCUCAUUGCAAUAUUUUAUCUGUCUCGUUUCUAUGUUCGCUGCCAUUCUGAUCCUCCUACAGUCUCCGUUGAGAAGUCCACGGCCGGUGAAAAGAUCCUGUAUCGUUCAGAAAUACCCUUAACACCAGCAAAGGUCGAGCCAGAGGUGCUCAGCGCCACAAUCGAUGCGUCCUCGGACACUGAAGACAGUCCUAAAAAGUCACUCACGUGCGACGAAUACACUGUCGGCUUCAUUACUAUUCUCAAUUUUGAGCUCGCGGCAGUAAAGGCCAUACUCGACGAGGAGCACUAUGAACCCUCGGAUUUUGAGCAACAGCAGUCAGACGACAACGUGUACACCUGGGGUCGCAUCGGAAAACACAACGUCGUUCUUGCCGCAUUCGCGUCGGGCUCGUACGGUACCGCGCCGGCAGCCACGACCGCAAAAUCAAUGGUCAUGUCCAUCCCGUCGAUCCGCAUUGGCCUUCUCGUGGGUAUCGGUGGUGGCAUCCCAUGUCCUAACAACACUCGCGAUGUCCGACUGGGUGAUGUCGCAGUCAGCAAUCCCAGAGGAAGCAGUGGUGGUAUAGUGCAGUAUGACCUUGGGAAGCAGAAGCUGGACACCUUCGAGCGUGUUGGAUUCGUCGCAAAGCCGCCUACCGUUCUGCUCAAUGCAGUCACGAACAUGGAAGCGGAGCGCAUGGGGGGUAAGACAAAGAUGAAAAAAAUCCUGGCGUCCUUGCAGCGCAAAAUGGACAGGUCAAUUGGCUUUGCGCACCAGGGCCGCGAGAAUGAUUGGCUAUUCAGUGCUUCAUUUGAGCAUCAAGGGGGGGAGGACUGCGCCGAAUGCCGUACCUCUUGCGGCUCACACCUGGUGACUCAGAACACAAGGUCUUCUGUUGAUCCAAAAGUUCACUACGGGAUAAUAGCAUCCGGAAACACGGUGAUGAAAGAUGCGAAACGCAGGGAUGAAUUGGCUCAUGCACUCAAGGAUGAAACCGGAGAUUGCAUUUGUUAUGAGAUGGAAGCCGCCGGCCUCAUGAAUGACUUCCCUUGUCUCGUGAUUCGGGGAAUCAGCGAUUAUGCCGAUUCCCAUAAAAAUGACCGAUGGCAAAAGUAUGCUGCUAUGUCUGCAGCUUCCUAUGCAAAGGAAUUGCUUGGAAUUGUCCCUGCUAGGCAAUUGACUAAGACCAAGAAAGCCAUCGAGGCUAUUCAAAGUCUAGGCUCUAGUUUGGAUGCCAUGCACCAUAAAAUAGACGAUAUCAAAACCGAUGAGAGUCACAAGAGAAUUAAGAACUGGCUGAGCCCUCCAGAUCCAUCGGUGAAUUACAGCAAAGCCUCCACCAUCAUCGUGGAGCUGACCAAAGCUCUCACACCUUCCCGACUACUUUAUUUCUAUUUUGACUUCAAUGACAAUUCGAAACAAACACUCAAUGGCAUGAUUCGCUCGUUGCUCAGUCAGUUUUAUGACGAGCAGAUAGAAGCUAGGGGUCCACUGGACUCGCUUUUCUCCUCAUGUGAGAAUGGACGUCAACAGCCCACCAUGGAGAGAUUAUGCGUGACGUUCCUACAGAUGUUACAGGCAGUUGAUGAAAUAUGGAUUGUGCAGGAUGCCCUUGAUGAAUGCAAAACAUGGAAAGGCUUCCAGUUCGAAGGGCUAUUGUCAUGGAUUAAGGAUCUUGUGGCCUCCAAACCUUCUAAUAUCCAUCUUCUUGUCACAAGUCGCCAGGAGGAAGACGUUGAAUCAGCUUUGAUGAGUUGGGCACCUGCAAAAUCCAAGUUCCCCAUUCAAAAAGGGGAUGUUACCAAUGAUAUCCGUGCAUACGUUCGCGCACAGAUUCAUAUUGAUGACAGGCUCAAAAGAUGGCGCUCGCGACCUGACGUGCAGGAGGAAAUUUAA